UCGAGCCAAGAUGGCGGCGUCUGAGGCUACCGGGAGAUACAGGAGCGCGAUGAGCAAAAGCAAGGACCCCUCCGGCCUGCUCAUCUCCGUCAUCAGGACACUGUCCACUAGUGAUGAUGUUGAGGACAGAGAACACGAGAAAGCUCGUCUGGAGGAGGCGUACGAAAAAUGUGACCGUAAUUUGGAUGAGUUGAUCGUUCAGCACUACACUGAACUCAUGACUGCCAUCUGUACCUACCAGAGCAUCACUGAACGCAUCACCACUUCACGCAACAAAAUCAAGCAGGUCAAGGAGAACCUGCUUUCCUGUAAAAUGCUUCUCCAUUGCAAGCGGGAUGAACUGCGCAAAUUGUGGAUUGAAGGUAUUGAGCACAAGCACGUCUUAAAUUUGCUGGACGAGAUUGAGAAUAUCAAGCAAGUGCCGCAGAAGCUGCAGCAAUACAUGGGCAGCAAGCACUACCUUAUUGCUACGGAUAUGCUGGUAUCGGCAGUAGUUUCGCUGGAGGGACCUCUCCUUCAGGUAGAGGGACUAAGUGACCUCAGGCUGGAGCUUCACAGUAAAAAGAUGAAUAUGCACUUAGUUCUAAUAGAUGAACUCCACCGUCAUCUUUACAUCAAGUCUACCAGUAAGGUUGGACAACGGAACAAAGAAAAAGGGAGAAUAAGUUCACAUGUGAAGGAUGCUUCUGCUAUGCCUCUUCUCGAUGUAACUAACUUGUCCACUCCUCGCAAGUUUCUUGACUCCUCUCAAUAUAGUACUACAGGAAAUUCCAGUGGAAGAGAUGUUAGCUUGAUGGAAAUCAAGGAAGAUUUAGAACUGGAUCCUGAGGAGAACAGCUCUGUGUUUAUGGGCAUCCUCAUCAAAGGCCUGGCCAAACUGAAGAAAAUUCCAGAGACAAUCAAGGCUAUCCAGGAUCGUUUAGAGCAGGAGUUGAAGCAAAUUGUCAAGAGAUCUACCACCCAGGUGGCAGAUGGUGGCUACCAGAGGGGAGAGAACAUAGUCCAGGAAAACCAGCCCAGGUUGCUUCUGGAACUUCUGGAACUUCUCUUUGGCAAAUUCAACGCUGUGGCUGCAGCUCAUGCCAUUGUCCUGGGACGUCUCCAGCAGACCGUGUCAUCUCCUUCCAGCCAGUAUGAUAGCGAUAUUAAGUUGUACGAUAUGGCAGAUGUGUGGGUGAAGAUUCAAGAUGUCUUGCAGAUGCUGCUCACAGAGUACCUGGAUAUGAAAAAUACCCGGGCGUCUUCGGAGCCAUCAGCUCAGCUCAGCUAUGCCAGUUCCGGAAGGGAGUUUGCUGCAUUCUUUGCCAAGAAGAAGCCUCAAAGGCCCAAGACCUCUUUGUUCAAGUUUGAGUCAUCUUCCCAUGCCAUCAGUAUGAGUACUUACUUGCAGGAACAAAGGAGGGAGCUGUACAGCAGAAGUGGGGAGCUUCAUGGAGACCCUGAUGACAACUUGAUAGAAGGCGGCAGGACAAAGUUUGUCUGCAAACCAGGAGCCCGGAAUAUCACUAUCAUCUUCCAUCCACUUCUAAGGUUUAUUCAAGAGAUUGAACAUGCUUUGGGACUAAGUCCCACUAAGCAGUGCCCACUUCGGGAGUUCCUCACCAUGUACAUUAAGAACAUCUUUCUUAACCAAGUAUUGGGAGAAAUUAACAAAGAAAUUGAAGGAGUCACCAAGAUUACCGACCCCCUGAAGAUUCUUGCCAAUGCAGAUACCAUGAAAAUGUUGGGAGUACAAAGGCCUCUCUUGCAGAGCACAGUAAUUGUGGAGAAAACUGUCCAGGACCUCAUGAAUUUGAUGCAUGACUUAAGCGCCUACUCUGAUCAGUUCCUGAACAUGGUAUGUGUCAAACUCCAGGAAUACAAGGACACCUGCAAUGCAGCUUACAGGAGCAUUGUCCAGUCAGAUGAGAAGAUGGUUAUAAGUGCAUCUUGGGCAAAAGAUGAUGAUAUCACUAGACUCCUGAAGUCUCUUCCAAACUGGAGCAACAUGGCCCAGCCCAAACAGUUGAGAUCAAAAAGGGAGGAAGAGGAAGACUUUAUAAGGACUGCCUUUGGCAAGGAGUCUGAAGUUCUCAUUGGGAACCUGGGAGAUAAGCUGAUUCCCCAGCAAGAGAUUCUCCGGGACGUCAGUGACCUGAAGGCCUUGGCCAACAUGCAUGAGAGUUUGGAAUGGCUCUCAGGCCGGGUGAAGGCCGCUUUCUCCAGUCUUCCAUUGGCACAGACUUCUCCUGCCCAAGAUGCUCACAGCAAAACUGAUCUCCCGCCAGUGUCGGAACAGAUCUUACAAACCCUCAUGGAUUUGGCUCGAUCUUUCCAGGAGAUGGCAGACUCCUGCUUGCUGGUUCUACACCUGGAAGUCAGGGUCCAUUGCUUCCACUACCUGAUUCCUUUGGCUAAGCAAGGAAACUAUGCCAUCGUGGCCAACGUAGAAAGCAUGGAUUAUGACCCCCUGGUGGUACGACUCAAUAAGGACAUCAGUGCCGUGGAAGAAGCCAUGAAUGCCAGCCUGCAGCAGCACAAGUUCCAGUACAUAUUUGAAGGUUUGGGUCACUUGAUUUCCUGCAUUCUCAUCAAUGGGGCUCAGUACUUUAAGCGCAUCAGCGAAUCCGGGAUUAAGAAGAUGUGCCGAAACAUCUUCAUCCUUCAGCAGAACCUGACCAACAUCACAAUGUCACGGGAGGCUGACCUGGACUUUGCAAGGCAAUAUUACGAGAUGCUGUACAACACAGCAGACGAGCUGCUGAACCUGGUGGUGGACCAAGGAGUAAAGUACACGGAGUUGGAGUACCUCUAUGCCCUGAGCUUACUUCACCGCAGCCAGACCGGCGUGGGAGACCAGACUAUGCAAAACAUGAGGCUGCAGCGCCUCAAGGAGAUCAUCUGUGAGCAGGCCGCCAUCAAGCAAGCCACCAAGGACAAGAAGAUCACCACCGUGUAGUUCAGGCUGCCGGAAACCGGAAGGGGCCCGGCUUCUUUGCAGCCGGUAGGAGCAGAGAGGGGAAAUGUCUCUGCGGGGUAGUACCUGGGUAUUCUGUCCUUUCCGGUUAGCUUCUCUGCUGGUGUGGGGGUGGGCAGGGAGAAUUGGAGAUCUUUUCAGUGGCAUGCUGGGAUUUUUAUGUCUGUGGCAGAAAAACGGGGACUGAUUGCAGUUAACGGGGAGGUGCUUGUCUGUGAGUUCUAAUGGGUGGAUAAGGGUAGGGAAGAGGGAAGGGAGGAAUGUUGGAUGUCGGUUUGAUCCAGAGGGAUCGGAACUGGAAGAGAGCUGAGGAACAGUCCCUAGGGAAGGCUCAACUCUGUAAAAAGAGAGCAAUUGGCAUCAUCGCUCCCCCAGACUGGUUUCUGGCUGGCCUAAUGCUACUUUGAGAUGCGGUGUUUCUCAACCUUGGCAACUUGAAGCUGGGUGGACUUCAACUCCGAGAAUUCCCCAGCCAGCCUUGGAAUUCUGGGAGUUGAAGUCCACCCAGCUUCAAGUUGCCAAGGUUGAGAAACACUGAGCUAUGCUGAUGUUAAGGAAUUCCUCUUCCCAGAGAAACUUUUGGGAUCAUUGUUUAUCAAGAAUGAUGCAUUUGACCAAGUGUUCCUUGCAGAAUAAGAUAACGCUUGUUAGAUAGUCAUCUAUUUUCAGUAUUUGUCACAGCUAUGUUAAUGCAGGUAUGUGCUGCAGUUUGCCACUUGGUGGUGUUUGGGAUUUUUUUUCCCCAGAGUUUGGGUCCUUAUGGAUAACUUUAGCAGUUAGAACUUAGUAGCAUUUUUUUUUUUUUGCAUUGAACCAGUUGGAGAUGCUGCAUUGGCUUGCACAGCGCACAUAAUCGUAUUAGCUUGGUCUCAGGAACCCCCCUUGCCAGAAAGGAUUGGCAGUGGGGCCUGUGGAAGUUGAGGUAUUUGCACGGCAGAUGCCAAGCCGUCACUACAAGGCUAUCAAAAACCGUAACAUGGCCAACAGCACUUGAAGGAAUAUGGCUGGAUUUCAAGGAGGGAUUCCCAGGCAUUCACUCUGCAGAAUCCCAUCGCAGCUAGUUCAGAUCUGAUAAUGCUCCCUUCUGCAAAAAAGACAUGGAUUGGUCAAUUCUGAGAACUCAGCAGGCUUUUCUUGCUGUAUUAUAAACAUUUUCAGGGCGGAUUGGGGGAAGCAGCAACUUUUUGCUGUAGGAAAGUCAACGUAUGAUUGUCUGCCUAAUGCCUCCAUCUAUAGCACAAAGCAAGAUCACUUCCCCUGAUCUGAUUUGGUCCCAUGACUUCCAUCCCCCCACCCCACCCCACUGCUUACCCUGUUUUCCUCUUGGUUCAACUGGAAAAUUAAAGGAUAAUUUUGGAACUCUUAAUUAUUGUAUUGUGGGCUCCUUGGAUGCACCAGUGCUCUUUUAGGAUACCUCCACAUCUUCUGUGCAGGAGCUGUUAAGAAUGGUUACAGCUGGGUCUCGCUGUUCCCUGAGGGGUGUGAGCUUCCUUCUCACCCCGCACGUGCUACCACUUGAGGCACAGACCAGAGAAAUGGCUCUUUCAGGGUCACAA